AUGUCGAGGCAAGGCGAGUUAUCGUUGCCGGCGCAGGUGGGCGGUACUGCAGAAGUCUCGUUCUCGACGACCAUCUCCGCUCCACCGCCUCCCCCACUGCCUCCCCCACCGCCCCCUCCUCCACCUCUUCGGUCGCAGCCAGCCGCCCUGCCCACCACAUCAGACAUCGUGACUUGGCUGUCUCUCACGUUUGGAACACCACCUCCUCACCAUGUUCGAGACCAGCAUAUCAUUCUUCCCCUCUCUGCCAUCCCCCCUUCCUUGACUCGACUGCGCAUUAUUGCCCCUCCGCCCGCGCACUUUGCAUUUCUAGCAGACAUUGCCAGGGGAAACCACUCUCUCCGCUCGCGCACCGAAGCCGCUGAGAUCGUUGACUCCGAUGCCUCCGCCCCCGAGGAUACCGAUCAGGCGCGCCAGGUCAAGCGGUUUCGCCGCGGAAUUAAAGCCAUUGUACGCGGCAUCACUGAGGCAAGCCUCAAAGCCAGCGACCCCGUAAAGGACAAGGACGGGAAUGUCCUUACCCCUCGAAGAGCUAGUCUUGCGCGCCGCCCACCCCCACCUCAGACGCCGAUGGUUGUGCCGACACUGAAGCGGCGCGCGCGACCAGCGAUGCCAGUCUUUGAGGACAGUUCGCAGGACGCCCAGACACCGGUGAAGGUCAAAGAGUACCAUAGCCCUCGGCAGCGCGCACUGGCACGCAAACUAGAAGAGGCACGGAACACGCCCGCAACCUUCGCGGUCUCGAGUCGAGGCCAGCAGCCACAAUCGAAUGAAGGGGACGAGUCUGCUGUACGCAAACUGUUCAGCAAGCCCCAGGACAAGGAUGUUCUCGAUCUUUCUUCCCUCCGCAAGUCGCUGCGCCGUACGCGUCCCGCUCCGUCAGAUGUCAUCGACGUGUUCGACGAUGAUCCUACUCUGGAGUGGCGCCACACGCUUGCGGUGUCGCCUCAGCAUGCGUCACUGCAGAGGGGACAGGCCUCGGGGUACUCAAAUGACUCGGCCUUCGAUGUCGUCAACGCGCGAGCCAAACUCCGGUCCAAGAGGGCAGUUAGCCGACCCGCCGUCCCUGGGUUUGAACCUGGCAAAUGUUGA